UCAUCUAAUCAGUAAGCUUUUAAGAUGGUGAAACUUUGCCACAUUGACCUGAAAGAAACACAGCUGCAGCAGCAGGAUCGUCCCCUGUUGCGUCUCGGCCUCACUGCAGAUCAGGUCGAAGGAGCUCAUGGAUGUUUCAAGUCCCAGGACUGAAGCUUCAUCAAUGGAGCCUAGUUCCAAGCUUUUUUUCUGUAGAUCCGUGAGACGUUGCAUCCCUCUGGUAUACAGACAGGAGCUCUACCACAUCCUGCGAAUGACCGGACCCCUGGUUGCAUCGCGCAUUCUAAAUUAUCUCCUGCCGUUUGUCAUAACAAUGUUUUGCGGUCGCCUGGGAAACAGUGUGCUGGCUGGUUAUGGAAUGGCUUCAGCUACGAUAAACAUUACAACUGCAGCUACAGGUGGAGGUCUUGCGCUAGCAGCUGACACCCUAAUCUCUCAGACCUUUGGUGGGGAGAACCUGCGCCGUGUUGGCAUCAUCUUGCAGAGAAGUGUCCUGAUCCUCCUGCUCUUCUGUUUGCCCUGUUGGGCUCUGCUCAUCAACACCCAACCCAUCCUUCUGCUGCUGGGUCAAGACCCAGAGGUGGCCAGGAUAGCUCAGCUCUAUGUGGUCUGUUACCUGCCAGCAGUCCCAGCUAUGUUUUUGCAUCAGCUGCAAGUAGCCUAUCUCCAGAACCAGGGUGUGAUUCUGCCUCAGAUGUAUGCAGCCAUUGCAGCCAACGUUGCAAAUGUGGUGACAAACUACAUCCUUAUCAACUGGUUGGACCUUGGGUUAUAUGGAUCUGCUGCUGCCAAUACCAUAUCUCAGAUCUAUAUUUGUGUUUUCCUAUAUUUAUAUAUUCGCUGGAGGAAGCUCCACGUUCAAACAUGGGGAGGCUGGUCAUGUGACUCACUGCAGGAGUGGGAUGGAUAUAUGAAAUUGGCCAUCCCUAGUACAAUGAUGCUCUGUUUCGAGUGGUGGAUUUAUGAGGUUGGAGGGUUCCUAGCAGGCAUGCUGGGAGAGUUGGAUCUUGCAGCUCAACAUGCAGUCAUUAUGCUGGCUUUUAUUAACUACAUGUUUCCAUUAGGGAUUCAAGGUGCAGCAUGUGUACGUGUUGGCAAUGCACUUGGAGCUGGAGAUACGGCCGGAGCGAUCCGCACCAGCAAGGUCUCUCUCACCUGCACAGCUGCCUUGGCUGUUUUGCAAGGUCUUGUGCUAGCAUCAACAAAAACCGUUAUUGGUUUCUUAUUUACUUCAGAUGGGCACAUUGUGGCGCUCGUCUCCAAACUCUUGAACGUCUACUGUGUGCUUCAGUUCUUUGAUGGUCUUGUUUGUGUCUGCAUGGGUAUUCUGUUGGGAUCAGGGCAGCAGAAGAUUGCAGCCGUUGCUAAUUUCUUUGGGUAUUACUGCAUUGGGCUUCCACUUGGCACCUCUCUCAUGUUUGCAGCAAAAUUAGACGUUGUUGGCUUUUGGCUGGGACUUCUCAUUUGUGUUUGUGUGCAGUCCAGUUUUUUCAUUGCAGUCAUUUUUAGACUCAACUGGGAAAGAGUGACCAAAGAGGCAGUGGAACGAGCUGGAAAGAGUAAAAUCUCUGCAGUGUCCCCUGAUGGUCUCACUGCGAGGCACAGUGAGAAUGGGGAUGAGUACUUGACUGUGAGCUCAAAUGAUCAGGAUGAGGGGCCAGACGUGACUCACGUGGAGGAAAAGCCCACAGCUCUGCUCUCUACUGCUCAGCUGAUCCUCAGGAGGGGUCUGACCACCCUCGCUGCUCUUCUCAUCCUAGCUGCAGGGAUAGUCAUCCAUCUCAUUGUGCCUUUACCUGACGUGUCUUAUGCUCUGAGGUCAAAUACUACUUUGGAAUCAAACUUUACCACACCUUCAACUCUCAUCCAUUCAACUUCAAUCUCAAUCUGAAAACAAGAGUGUAGAGCUGUGACUGUUCUUACAGGUAUAUCCCAGGUAUUUUAUUAACCAUUUUCUAGAAAGUUAAAAAGUUUCUAAAACAAAAAUAAUUGCUGAAGCAUUACAUACACCUAAAAAUUUAAUUAUAUAUAUGGUAAAUUAAUUAUAUUAUAUUAUAUUAUAUUAUAUUAUAUUAUAUUAUAUUAUAUUAUAUUAUAUUAUGUUAUGUUAUAUUAUAUUAUAUUAUAUUAUAUUAUAUUAUAUUAUAUUAUAUAUCUCUAAUUAGAAAGUAAGACAAACACUGAUUAAGAAAAUUUUAUUUUGAAAUAUUUAUUUUAAGAAAUACUGAUUUGUCCUUUUUUUUCUUUCAUUCUUUUUUUUUUUUUUUUUUGAAAUUUAUUUUAUGUUUUAUUAUUCCCAGCUGGCUGUAUCAGCGAUUACUAAUGUAUUUGACUCUAACGUCUGAAUGAGAUUGUUUUGGAGCGACAAGAAAGACAUAAUCCAUUAACUUUUCCCCAGGGAUUCAUGGGGCAGAAACUCAUUUUUACGGUCACCUUGAAUGAAGCAGUCCCUGCCCAUGCUGAACAUGUUCUGCAGUAAUGAGAAAGGAAAAUGCCACAAUCCCUACUAAAAAUCAGGGAUUUGUAGCCUUUCCUUAUUUUACUCACGUCCUCUGGACUCGUUAAAGGGAUUGUUCACCCAAAAAUGAAAAUUACCCCAUGAUUUACUCACCCUCAAGCCAUCCGAGGUGUAUAUGACUAUCUUCUUUCAGACGAACACAAUCAGAGAUAUAUUUAAAAAC